AAUCAGAUUUCGAGUUCGUUCGAUUUCUGCGGCCGAAAAUUAAACAUUAGUGAAAUCUAUUCCUCCAACACAGUUACUUUUUGAUUUCGAGGUGUAGGUCGCGUGCAGUCAAGUUAUCUGAUUUGGACUUCUGAGCUCAAAGCGUAAUCAAUUUGUCUAUGAAGUCGUAAGGAAUCAGAAGGCACCUAACAAUAAAUGGGUAUUUUUUCUUGUUAAAUUCAUUGAAGAUCAAUUAUCUGUUUGUGUGAAAUGAGGAUGUGUCUCUUUGGUAAAACGGAUCCUUCGAAGUACCGUACGCACUACGCUACUCCCAGCGUUUUCAUUUGCGUAUUAACACAGUUCUACAGCUGCAGUAAAUAUACCAGGAACACCAUCAUUCCUGAUGUGAUGCACCUAGUAGUUUUAUGAUUGCAAUAAGUGAAAGCCUGUACUACUUAAAAACAGAAAUAAUCAUACCCAUCGUAAAGUACAGUUAGUCUUUACCAACUAGACAUUCGUUUGCCAACAAGUGUUACAGUUGAAGCUAUAAGGUGUAGAAGACAAUACUGUCCAACUUUUUAAUUAACUGGUGAACGCAAAAAGGCACUCUGGGAAAAAAUAUUAUUUUGAAACAAAUAAUAGAGAUGAACUUGAUCAAAUUAAUUUUCACAUUCAAUGCAAUUACUGUUACAUUAAUGUGCAUUAUAGUUAAGAUAGCAGAACCAUAUCUACCACUAGCAAUUACAAACCUGAUCAAAUAUGGUAGGUAUGCUGCCAAAGGAAAAAGCUCAAUAGUUCCUGAAAUUGAAGUUCCUAAAAGGUGGUUUAAGCAUUUUUAUGAAUUUGGGGCUCCCUUAUCAUCUUAUGUGCUGUUUAUUGCGUUAUGGACCUACUUAGGUAUAGGCAGUGUACCAAAUCAUCUGCAGCAAAUUUUGGAUAUCCUUUUGGGAGCAAACAGGAAAGUAUUGGUUGCACCGGAGCACACAAUAUUAGCUUUAUUCCUGAUAACAAUCCAGUGUUGGAAACGUUUUUAUGAAACACAUUACGUCUGCAUCUUCAGUAGUGGAAAGAUUAGUCUAGGACACUACCUCCUGGGUUAUUUGCAUUAUAUCGGUACUCUUGUGUCUGUGGUUGGAGAGUCGCAAGGAUUUUUCAAAGAAUCGGAAUUCACUAUGAACUGGGAUAGGUUGACAUAUCUUCACUAUUGCUGUUCUGUUAUAUUUUUGUGGGCAUCAUACAAACAGCUUAGCUGUAAUAUAAUUCUUGCAAAUCUGCGUAGAAAUAAAAAGGGUGAAGUCAUUACUUUCGAGCACAAACUACCUAAGGGUGGUCUGUUUGAUUAUAUUUCUUCUCCACUGCAAUCAACUGAAAUUUUGAUGUAUUUUAUGCUUAUGCUUAUCCUAUGGAAUAGCUCAACAUAUCAUUACAUAUUUGCUUGGGUGCUCAUGAACCAGAUUGUAACUGGUCUGCUUGGACAUUGGUGGUACGUUGAAACAUUCGAAGAUUAUCCAAAAGAGAAGAAAGCUUUGGUACCUGGGAUAUUGUGAAAACAUCGUAAAUUAAUUAUUUAUUACCAUCUUUAUGUAUCCAUAGAAAGUUAUUAUUGUUGGUAGAAGUUUAUGGAUUUUUCACGUGGCUCAGACUGACUUGAGUCAUCAUCUUUGGGGUCAGCUGGGGAUUCCACAUAGCCUGACAGACUAUAAUUUCUGGUGCGAAAAUCUUCCAAAAUUUAUAAUACUUGUUAGUUUUUCUAUUACUACGAGAGGAGGAAAAGGCUGAACAUAUAAAGAAAAUAUUUCUAAAAAUAACGUCGAAAUGUUGCAAUUUAUUAUCUCCAUGCAGUGGAUGUAUGGAAUUCAGAUUCAUCAUCGUUAUCAUACAGAUAAACAUGUGCAAAAAUUAAAAAUGUAAUGCGAUGCUGGAUUCCCUGUAAAGCACGAAGAAAUUUUCGGCUGAGGAGUCUUGGGCUUUUCAUACAUUUGAUAUUGUUUUGUCAUGAUAUUACUUUAUGAAUGGUAUAUCUAUCAGAAUCGCAACGAUCAUUUAUUGCUAAGUGUUGGUAUUCGGAGGGAUGGUUUGCCAUCGAAUAUGCCAGAGAUUUUUUACUUGAACAGAAGGCUGUGAAUAAAAAAAUAUUAUCGAUCAUUAACAACA